AUGGGCGAAGGAAAAGUGAGAAAGGCCUGGGAAGGCUCAGUUAAUGACGGCAGAGACGAAGAAGCGAGGAAGGCGUUCGAAAAAACAUUAUUCAUCACAGAUCACAUGGGUGCCGGUGCUGACGAUAGUGCCUACCAGAACUUUAGUCGACUUGUCGUUUCACGGAUGGGAGAAGCACCCUUCAACUGUGUCGAGGAAUGUGAGGGAGAAAGGUAUUCCGCCGUAAGUCGCAUUUUGAUAUUUCUAGUUUACAGCUGCCAUGAUUCGCUUAUUCAUUACCCGACUUCGGAAGGUAUAUGA